CUUUUUUUGCAUUCCAUCCAUUCCUUUCCUCAUUCCAACUCUUACCUUUUUCUGUUUGUCGUGCUAACCGCAAAUCUUCUUCCCCUUUCUACAUUACACAUUCCUAUUGUCUCAUUAACUUCCUCCGAGAGGAGAUACUCAUGGUGUCGCUUCACUUCAAAAGUUCACCAAAUAGCCAUAAUCCAUUCCAUUCCCCAGAGAUCCAUAACGAGGAUAGACCACUGCUUGCACACUUUCAUGGUUAUGAUAACAAUGGAUCACCACGACCAUUCCCGACCGCACCCGUCACACCAUUGGUGAGAGAAGCACGAUAUGCCAUCGUCAAUGCUCUAGACACGUCUCUCACUCGUGAUGAACUCGGAUCUCCAGAAAUCUAUCUUGCACUAUUGUUACCCAUAGUCAGGAGAUACCGUGAAGAAAGGAGAGAGACAGCUGCGGUGUAUGCCUUCUUACUCAAUCGCUGGCAGUUUCUCAAGGACGCUGAGAGUGAUAUUGCUAAUGCACGGGUAAACGAGACCAGAGCGCAUGCAUGCGAGAUAGUAGCAAUCAAGAUUCUCAAAGCCUUUUCAAUGCGCCAGCUUAUCGACGUGUUAACCUAUGACUUUUCGCCUGUGAAAAGAAAGGACACUCGAUUUAGAUUAUACCUGCCGCAUUUCGAUGGCGAGCCUUCAACAGAGCCGAUGAGUGCACUCGAGGUCGCAAUCUCUGGAAAAGCAAAGCACUUUCUUUCGCAUCCCUUAGUACAAGAAAUCAUAAACCAAAUCUGGCUAGGAGAGAUCGUUUUUUUUUCAAACGCAAUCGAUAAUCCACAGUCAUGUCAUAAUGCAUCUCCAUCCGAGAUCAGGACGGUCACUGUCUAUUACUCAAGUGACAUAAAGUUUCUCAGGCUCUCAAGACUACGAGUGCCGAGGUACAAGACAACUUUCCAAAUGGUUUCUUCCUCAGUGUUCAUCAUCGUGUACACAUUCGUCACUUUUGCAAAAAAACCAGAGCUCACAGCCAUGGAGAUGAUUAUGGACCUAUGGGCACUUUCAUUAACUUUGGAUGAGCUUGUUCAGCUCAAAGACUCUGGACCAUCAUUUUACUUUGAGACCGUCUGGAACCUGUUUGACGUGCCAAUCUACAUUAUCUUCUUGGUAUUUAUUAUUUUGCGGAUCACUACGUUCUUCAAUGGAUCUAUUGAAUUGACAUAUUUUGCCUACGACUUUUUGGCCUGCAAUUCAAUCUUGCUUUGGCCAAGACUCUUUGCGGCUCUUGAUCAUUACAAGUUUUUUGGAACAAUGCUCAUUGUUCUGAGACAGAUGCUUAUCGAUGCGACACUGUUCCUAGCACUCUCUUUUAUAUUCUACGUUGGGUUCCAGCAAGCAUUUUAUGCUCUCCAUGACAACACACAGAGCUAUGGAGAAAUUGCAUGGCUACUGCUCCAAGUGUUCUUUGGGUCGGCAUUUCUGGGUUUCGAGCAAGCAUCCGAGCUUUCAGAAAGGUUUGGGGCUCCUCUUAUGGUCCUCUUCGUAGCAAUAUCAGUCCUCAUGCUUUAUACUCUUUUGAUUUCUAUUUUCUCGCAAACAUUUGCAGAGGUUAGCGCCAAUGCGAAAGAAGAGUUUAUGUUUCUGUUUUCAGUCAAGGUUAUGGAAGAAGUCAAAUCAGAUGCCCUAUAUGAGUUCCAGCCGCCCUUCAAUAUUUUAGCUAGCAUUGUAAUCUGGCCCUGCAGUCUCCUUUAUCCUCCGGAAGUAGUUGGCAAAGUCAGUCGUGUUCUUUUGCGCUUCUUCUAUUUCCCUGAGUUGGUCUGCAUAUGGGUCUUCGAAACUUUGGCAAUCAAGAAAAAGGGCCAGUCCUCCUCCGUCCGGCCAGGGUGGAUUGGUCAUCAAGCUUCUUAUGGUUCCAUAUCUGAGCUAGCCCGAACAGAUAGUAUGGCAAUAUCUGGAAGCGCCGCGAAGCGGAGACAAGAAGAAGGAGCGCAUGAUGGAGGGUUUAAGGCAUCUAAUGUAGAAUCAACGCGUGGAGAUGCGAUCUCUCCAUUAGAUGUUAGUGAUCCUAUGACGGAUCCUUUCCAAAACGCAUCAACUCGUGCUUUUAUGCCUAGCUCAGUAUCUCAAUACCAUCAACAGCAACUUGAUCAGCUCAACACACGGGAACUUGCAGCAAAUGCACAAGCUUCGUCACCUUUCAUGGAAAACAUGCGGCGAUUUGGAGACCCAAAUAUGAUAAACUCAAUGAUGGCAACAAACUCUAUAACUCCAGUGAUGAGAAGUGAAAGCAAAGAUGUUUUAGAUCAACCACAGUAUUCAUAUUAUUCACCAGCACCCAUUAAGAUGGCAACUAGGCGCACGCGCCGACGAAGCAGUAUGCCAGUAAAUUGUCAACCGCGCUAUGGAGCAGACGCGACUUUGGCAAGCACAUCUCAGGGUAUUUUACCAUCAUAUCGGAAUGAGAUAGGAGGUGAGGAUAUGUCAGCGUCGAUCGGAGACAAUAUGAAUGGGAUACAUCAUCAAUAUCAGUCACAAGACCAGCAAUAUGAGGGAACACAGGAGUUAGUUCAAUUAAUGGAAACACGCUUUGAAGAGAUGUGGAUACACAUGAACCAAAUUGAAUCAAAGAUCGAUCAAUUGAUGGAUGUGCUUAUUACCACCCAUCAGAAUAGUAAAUAA